AUGAAUAGCUACAACAUCAAUUCAACUGUCGAGGAGGGUAAUGGCCUGGCUCUUACUCCCUCGCAGUUGAAUAAGCCCGACAAUGAAGCUUCGUUGCACCACGAUGCUGUUUUUGGUGAGAUUACGGAUGAGGGUCCUGACUACAGAAGUGUCGGACUCAUCGGUACUGCUGGUCUGAUGAUGAAAACACAAAUCGGUCUCGGCGUCCUCUCGAUUCCAGCAACAUUCAACGCGCUUGGCAUGAUACCCGGCAUUAUCUGUCUGCUAGCUGUUGCGGUUAUAACAACUUGGUCCAAUUGGAUCGUUGGUCUCUUCAAGCUGCGACAUCGUCAUGUUUACGCGAUCGAUGAUGCUGGAGAAAUGAUGUUUGGAGUCGUAGGCAAAGAGUUCUUUGGCUUUGCCAUGUGGAUCUACUGGGUCUUUGUAUCUGGUGCUGGCAUGCUCAGUCUCUCGAUUGGCCUCAAUGCUGUGUCUAGCCAUGGAGCUUGUACCGCCGUCUUUGUCGCCGUCGCUGCAGUGCUUGGUUUCGGCCUCUCGAGCAUCCGAACCUUGGCUCGCAUGAGCUGGCUAGCGUGGAUCGGCGUCAUCAGUAUCAUGAUCUCCGUGAUCAUGGUCACCAUUGCGACAGGUGUACAAGAGCGACCAGCAGCAGCCCCCCAAGACGGCGUCUGGGUCUCAGACUACAAGCUCUUCAACAAACCUUCUUUCGUCCAAGCCGCUUCAGCAAUCUGCUCCCUUGUCUCAGCCUUUGGUGGCACUCCAGGCUUCUUUGCCAUUGUUGCUGAGAUGCGACGACCCGAACAAUACACAAAGGCUUUGACCAUCUGUCAGGCCAUCGUGACCGUUACUUAUCUUACGAUCGGUUGUGUGAUGUACUACUUCUGUGGGUCUUAUGUAUCCUCACCGGCUCUUGGCUCGGCUGGCGAUACCAUCAAGAAGGCCAGUUACGGCGUCGCAAUUCCAGGAUUGAUCGUGUCGAUUACUCUUGUCACUCAUCUGCCUAGCAAGUACAUGUUUGUCCGACUGCUGAGAAACACAAAGCAUCUGGCUUCCAACUCUGCAGUUCACUGGAGCACUUGGUUAGGUUGCACAUUCAUCGUGUCAAUCAUUGCCUACAUCAUCGCUAGUGCCAUUCCCAUCUUCUACAGCCUCAUCUCCCUGAUUGGAGCGCUCGUUGGUACCCUCAUGUGUUUCCAGACCAUGGGAUUUAUGUGGUUUUACGAUAAUUGGGAGAAGCGUGCUAUUUCUCCCAAGUGGCUAUCCGCUUGUGGAUGGAGUGUGUUUGUUAUUGCUUCUGGCACCUUGUUGAUGGUCGCUGGUACUUAUGGAUCAAUCGUCGAUAUCAUCCAGGCAUACAAAGCAGCUGGAGGGUCAGGCGCCUGGUCGUGUGCUGAUAAUUCCAACUCUUCUUAA